CUGGGUGAGAGCGAGAGCGAGAGAGAGAGAGCGAGAGAGAGAGAGAGAGAGAGAGAGAGAGAGAGGGACUCGUCGGCGACGGCGGCGGUGGUGGCCGAGGGAGAGGAGUGGUGGCGGUAGCGGCGGCAGGGACCGGUGUGGGGAUGGCGGAGGUACCGCCUGGGCCUAGCAGCCUCCUCCCACCACCAGCACCUCCGGCCCCGGCGGCCACCGAGCCCCGCUGCACGUUCCCGGCGGGGGCUGCCCUGGCCUGCUGCAGCGAGGACGAGGAGGACGACGAGGAGCACGAAGGCGGCAGAGGAAGAAGAGGAGGAGGAGGAGGACGACGAGGCAGGAACCUGGCGGGCGGAGAGGCGACGGCCACGGCCAAAGGGCGUCCGUGCCUCCGCUGCCCGCAGCCGCCGCUCGAGCAGCAGCAGCCGCCGCAGCAGCAGCUCAACGGAUUGAUCAGCCCCGAACUGCGACACCUCCGGGCGGCCGCCUCUCUCAAGAGCAAGGUCCUGAGUGCCGCCGAAUCGGCUGUGACCACGGCGGUCACCCUCGACGGGGACCCCAGAGUGACUGCAACAAAAGGAGCUGGGGGACACUCGGGCGACAGACCUCCCCACUCCGUCCCCAGUAAUGCAAGAACUGCGCUCCCCAGCCAGGCGGAGGAGGCCUCGGUGGAGGUGGCCAGCGACCCCGCGGUGGCCCGCAAUGGACUGGCUGAGGGCAACGAGCCCGAGGAGGAGGAAGAGGAGGACGACGGCGAGCAGGUGCGACUCCUGUCCUCGUCCCUGACCGCCAGCUGCAGUUUGAAAAGCCCCCCGAGCAGGGAGGUCGAGCCUGGGGAGGAUCGGACGAUACGAUAUGUCCGCUAUGAAUCUGAGCUCCAAAUGCCCGAUAUCAUGAGACUGAUCACCAAAGAUCUGUCUGAACCCUACUCCAUUUAUACGUAUAGAUAUUUUAUCCACAACUGGCCACAGCUGUGCUUCUUGGUAAGUGGAGAGAAUGCAAACGAGGCCAUGGUAGGGGAAGAGUGUGUAGGUGCCAUCGUUUGCAAGUUGGAUAUGCACAAAAAGAUGUUCCGCAGAGGUUAUAUAGCCAUGUUAGCCGUGGAUUCCAAAUACAGGAGAAAUGGCAUUGGUACUAACUUGGUAAAGAAAGCUAUAUAUGCCAUGGUUGAAGGAGACUGUGAUGAGGUUGUUUUGGAAACAGAAAUAACAAAUAAGUCUGCUUUGAAACUUUAUGAAAAUCUUGGUUUUGUUCGUGAUAAGAGGCUGUUCAGAUACUAUUUAAAUGGAGUUGAUGCACUGCGACUGAAACUGUGGCUGCGCUGAGAAGCUGAUGUCAAGGAACAACUCCCAACCAUGAAGAACCUACCUUUGCAUGCAAUGCAAUUUGUCCAAAAUUGCUUUGCAGGUGGAUUUAGUGAUUUCCAUGCAGCUCUUAUCUGUCAGUGUCUCAUUGAGUGUCGCACAAUAUUUGUUGCACUUUGGCAUGGCGCAUUUGUUACGAAUUAAAAGAGAUUGUUUUAAACUUCAAGAGUUCUUUUGGUACCAACAAGAUGUGCCAGUUGAUAGCCAAGAUUUGUUCAUUUGCAAAGUCUGCUGACAAUGUUCUUUACAUAGUGAUCAUUUUAUCACAGAAACAGUAAGUGGGACAUGAUUUUUGUUCCUUAAAAAAGCCAAUGUAGAUUGUAAAAAUCUCUAAGUAUACUAACAUUUCACAAAACCUGCCAUAGUUUUUUUUUUGAAGGGGGUGAGGGAAAAGCUUCAAUUUAGGUUUUAUUUUUCAAUAUUAAUUUUUCCAUUCUUGAAUAUUGGUACCUCAGUGAUUAGUGAAUGAAACACACGUAGGGUGAGAUCUGUCUUACCGCAAGUAAAGGUGACCGUUGAACUGCGUCUGCCAGUGCCUGUGUAGAUAAGUAUUCCUGUCCUCAUCGUUCUGAGUGCAUGCUCUCUUUCCUUUUCUUUAUGGCCUUUUGUGUUUAUUUAAAUUCGAAAUUUGAUAAUAAAUUAUUUCAGAUUUUUA